AAAGAAUAAUUAUCUAAUUAAAUCAGUGGACGAUAUUCGAGCCACAUAAUCACGUGGACAUCUCGCGAGGUUUGAAUACGUCUAAAGAACGCGCGUUGCAUUCGGGGUACUUUGUAGAUUAAAAAUGGCGGACGACGUAGAACAGCAACCGACCACAAACACGGUCGAGGAACCACUGGAUCUCAUUCGGUUGAGUUUGGAUGAGCGAAUUUAUGUGAAGAUGCGGAACGACCGUGAGCUUCGUGGAAGACUUCAUGCCUAUGACCAACAUUUGAACAUGAUCCUCGGGGAUGUUGAGGAGACCGUGACGACAGUGGAGAUCGAUGAGGAGACGUAUGAAGAAAUUUACAAGUCGACGAAGAGGAACAUUCCCAUGCUGUUUGUCCGUGGAGAUGGAGUCGUGCUAGUUGCUCCGCCGCUGAGAGUCGGCUAAGCUCUGAAUGAAAGACUAUUUGGACUGUAAAUUAUGAAUGUUGGCUUUUUUUUUUUAAACCACAGAUUUGUAAAGUCUUUGUAUCUUUAGUUGAAAAAAUGUCACAGAUCUUAAUCUGUGUUGCAUUGUUUGAGUUAUCCACUUGACGCUAUUAUGGAUCUUUCUCCAUAUCUGGUUUAUAUUCACAAUAAAACAUUGAUGGCUUUCAA